AUACCAUUCACAAUCUGGCUUUAUUUAGGUAAACAUGGAUUAUCUUAAAGACAGAAUUAAAUAUAUGGAUAUGGAUGUCGACACGAAAAGAGCUGAAUAUGACUGCCAAAGUGGUUAUAUAACUCUGGAUGAAAUCCCAUCAUGGACAGAAUAUUCGAGAAGUAUAAACAGAAGACAGUUUUCUUCAGCAUACAGAAUAGAUGAAAGACUGAAUGGUAAAGUUUCCAUCUUUUCUGGUGACAUCACAACUUUAGAGAUCGAUGUAAUAGUGAAUUCUGCAAGCUCGAGUCUUGUUCAUGCGUCUUAUAAUCAAAUUAAUGGUGCCAUCUCUAGAGCCGCUGGACCUUCAUUCCUAGCUGAAUGUCUUUCUUUAGGAGUUUUUCAGACAGGUGAAACAAAGUUCACCGGUGGUUAUAAAUUACCAGCCAGAUAUGUAAUUCACACACAGGGCCCUAAUGGAGAACAUCAUGGGCUUUUGAAAAAAUGUUAUAUGGAUUCAUUAAAUUUGGCUAAGUUAAAAGGGUGGAAGACCAUUGUCUUCCCCUGCAUUUCAAUGGGGUCUUGUCGAUAUCCUAGGGAAAGAGCAGCUCGUAUUGCCCUCAAAGUAACCAGAGAAUUCCUUGAAAAGAACCCAAAUGCGAUGGAUCGAGUCAUUUUCUGUCUUUCUGAACAAAUGGACAAAGGAAUAUAUGAGUUUUUAAUGCAGGAAUAUUUUCCAUUAUAAGAUUCAAGAGGAUAUCCGAUUUCCUGAGAAAGUGAAAACACAUUUUAUUAUCAUUUCCUUUUCAAAACAGGAAUUACGUGUCAUUCAAGAAUUUACCUUCGUUUGGAUAGUCAUGGAAUUCAUGGA